AUGUCUGAUAUCCGUCCAAAAUACGCUCUUGUUACCGGGGCUUCCUCCGGAAUCGGAUUUGCUACAGCCCUUGAAUUUGCCAAGAGAGGUGUAACCACUUUUGCCUGUGCCAGAAGAUUGGAGCCCAUGGAGGAGUUGAAGAAGAGGGGAGUUAUCAUCUUCAAAUGUGAUGUUUCACUGUUAGAGAGUGUCAUAGAAGCAAAAAAGUUUGUUGCUGAGAAAUCUGGUGGAUACCUUGACUACUUGUACAACAACGCUGGCCAGUCUUGUACCUUUCCUUGCUCCGACGUGACUGACGACGCAUUCAAACAGUGUUUCGAGGUCAAUGUCUUUGGAUGCAUCAGAAUGACUAGAGAAUUCCUCCCCUUGGUGAUCAAUGCGAAAGGGACCAUAGGUUUCACCGGGUCAGUCAGUGGAGUCAUUCCUUUCCCAUUCUCCAGUAUCUAUUCGUCUUCCAAAGCAGCCAUCCACCAGUUUGCUGCCACUUUAAGAAUUGAAAUGAAGGCAUUUGAUGUUAAGGUCAUAAAUAUCGUCACUGGAGGUGUUAAAACAAAUAUUGCUGAUACUAGAGGCUUGCCAGAGGAUUCAUUGUUUCAAGUUCCAGGAAUCAAAGAAGCUAUGUUGGAGAGACAACAAAUGGCUGCCAGAAACAACCCAAUUCCUGCCGAGGUCUAUGCUUAUAGGGUAGUGAACGAUUUCCAGAAUCUGAGGAUCGAUGGCAAACUUAACAUAUACAGAGGAAAGAUGGCAACAUUCUUGGGCCAUCUUUUGGAUUGGUUCCCAAGAUACUGGCUCGAGAAUAUACUCAUUCGAAAGUUCAAGUUGGGAACUGUGUAUCUGGAAGUCCGCAAAAAGUACUCGAAGGAGAAGCUCGAGUGA